GUUUGGUGUAUUUUCAGCUGGCGGAACAAAGUUGCGUGCUUAUGUGCAGUGGAGGAGGGUUGUGUUCAGGUCUGCGAAGGUAUUAGCGAGUAUCCUGUCAACAAAGUCACACGGAGUGCAAUUUGUGACUUUUACUAAAUGGACAUUUCUUGACAGAGGCUUCCUUAGCUCGAGGGAAACGCUUGGUCACAAGGAAAAAAAGAGUAAAUGACACCUGAUCUCUGACCCUUGGAAACCUCCAGCCUCGAAACCAAAUUUAUGUUUUGCGGUGAGGCCAUGACUACUGCCAACAUCUCCAGAGAUAUCCUGCACAGGCAGAUCAGGGACAAGAGAGCUGCAAGCUUCCAAAGGUUCUACCAUGUGACUGACCCCUUCAUCAAGAGACUUGGACUGGAGGCUGAGCUUCAGGGCCACACAGGCUGUGUGAACUGUUUGGAGUGGAACGAACGUGGAGAUCUGCUGGCUUCAGGCUCGGAUGAUCAACAUGCCAUCAUCUGGGAUCCAUUCAGGCACAAGAAGCUAACAACUAUGCACACAGGUCAUGCAGCUAACAUAUUCUCUGUAAAGUUCUUGCCUCACUCCGGGGACAGAAUUUUGGUAACGGGUGCAGCCGACACAAAAGUCCACGUGCAUGACCUGACAGUGAAGGAAACCAUCCAUAUGUUUUCUGAUCAUACAAACAGAGUUAAACGCAUAGCCACAGCACCCAUGUGGCCCAACACCUUCUGGAGUGCUGCGGAGGACGGCAUCAUCAGACAAUACGACCUGAGGGAGAACAGUAAACACUCGGAGGUGCUGAUCGAUCUCACAGAGUUCUGUGGUCAGCUCGUCGAGGCCAAAUGUUUAGCUGUUAACCCACGGGACAACAACUACCUGGCUGUGGGAGCCAAUGGGCCUUUUGUACGUCUGUACGACAUCAGGAUGAUACACAACUACAGGAAAUCUCUGAGUCAAAGCACAUCGGCAGCUGUGCACACAUUCUGUGAAAGGCAGAAGCCCAUCCCAGAUGGAGCUGGGCAGUAUUAUGUUGCAGGUCACCUGCCGGUGAAACUCCCUGACUACAAUAACCGCCUGAGGGUCCUGGUUGCCACCUAUGUUACUUUCAGUCCUGAUGGCACCGAGCUGCUUGUUAACAUGGGCGGGGAACAGGUGUAUCUGUUUGACUUGACGUUCAAACAGAGGCCAUAUACAUUCUUGCUUCCAAAGAAAUGCCAAUCGUCAACAGGAGAUGUGCAGAAUGGAAAGACGACAAACGGCGUCUCCAAUGGAAUUCACCUGCCAGCUGGCCACAUUCGCUUUACUGGGAGCAAAAUGCAGUCUAGUUCUAAUGACCUCCCUCCUCACCUGGAGAAGAUAAAACAACAAGCUAAUGAUGCUUUUGCACGGCAGCAGUGGACACAGGCCAUCCAGCUGUACAGUUUAGGCAUUCAUCAGGCGAGCAGCAACGCCAUGUUGUACGGGAACAGAGCUGCGGCCUAUAUGAAACGCAAGUGGGAUGGAGACCAUUAUGAUGCCCUCAGGGACUGUCUGAAGGCUCUGAGUCUAAACCCCGGUCAUCUGAAAGCACAUUUCAGGCUGGCACGGUGUCUGUUUGAGCUAAAAUAUGUGGCUGAGGCUCUGGAGUGUCUGGACGAUUUCAAAGCGAAGUUUCCAGAGCAGGCGCACAGCAGUGCCUGUGAUGCCUUAGAUAAAGACAUCAAGGCUGCUCUUUACUCCAAGUCAGAAUCAGAAGACAAAAAGGCCAACAGCUCCAUCCGAUUCCACUCAUUCAGUCGGAAAGAGUCCAUUCCUGAAGAUGAGCUGGAGCUGAGAGAGCGCAGCUUCGACUACAAACACAGAUACUGCGGUCACUGUAACACCACCACUGACAUCAAAGAAGCCAACUUUUUUGGAAGCAAAGGCCAGUAUAUUGUAAGCGGCUCAGACGAUGGCUCUUUCUUUAUCUGGGAAAAAGAAACAACCAAUCUUGUGAGGAUCCUGCAGGGGGAUGAGUCCAUAGUCAACUGCCUACAGCCGCACCCCAGCUACUGCUUCCUGGCUACUAGCGGUAUCGACCCUGUCGUUCGGUUAUGGAACCCCAGGCCAGAGACAGACAGCGAAAACGGGCGUGUGGUGGAAGACAUGGAGGGUGCUGCUCAGGCUAAUCAGCGGCGCAUGAACGCGGAUCCGCUGGAGGUCAUGCUGCUUAACAUGGGCUAUCGCAUCACAGGCCUGCGCGGUGUCGGUCCAGAUGGUUCAGACGAUGAAGACAGCUCAGAGGGACAAGUACAGUGCAGGCCCAGCUAAGCAAAUAGUCAUCUGUUCUGCAGAAUGGAUUUUAGGAAGCAAAGCACUCUACUAGCUCCUGUUUGAAUCUGAAAUCCCCUCGCCCUCCUCCCCAGCCCCGUCUGACAGAACAUUGAGUGAAUGUCGUGUCACAUCUCUGCACUAUGCAUCACCCUCCCCUGUCCUGUGAGAGGACUGGUGGAGACCACUUUUGGGGGGAGAGGAAUUCAUGGAGGGUUGCGACAGCACCCUUCCACCCCUUCGAAGCACCUACAACACCUCAGCCCGUCCCUCCCUCCACCCUGCGGUGGCAGUGGGAUGACUUUGAGGAGAGCACCUUCAAACUUCACUCCCCCACUUUCUCACAAAGAAGGAGGAGUUCAGCACGCAUCGCUCCUCAGGUUUAUGUCGGAGAGGCGCGUAUCUGGUGACCUAUUUUCAGGUCGGCGUGUGGCCGCGCGGUCAGAAUAAGAUCUCUGACCCGAAAACGGUGUAUUUGUUACAACUCCUGUCUGCUCGGCAGACGGAGCAAAGCGUCACAGUACCCACUCAUCUCGGAAAGGUUGCACACCCAAGUUAUUUAAGUUAGCCUCAAUCCAAUUUUCCGUUGGAGUUUUGGCCACUGGAAGGCUAGAAUUAACUCGCUCUUUAAGUUGUGAACGCUGCCAGAGUUGCUCUACUGAAAUGUAUUUAUAUGCUUUUUUAGUUUACAACUGUCAGGAGGAAGAAGAAAAAAAAACAAGGGGUUCUUCUGCCAAAGGUUGCCAUCUGUCACGUAAACAGCCAAGGAUUAAUGUUAGACUUCUUUGUUUCAUUGAAACAUAACUUUGGCUCCUUUUAGUUAAGAGGUUUUUCUUACAAUAGAUUAUUGACAGGUCAAAGAAAGCAGCUUUCUAAUACAAUUUUUUUCUUCUUCUUCUAGUCCUGUUGAUUACACAUCAUUUGAGAUGAAGUGUCAAUGUCAUUUUUUGGGGGGAGGGGGCAGCGUUAGGGUUCCUGCCUACUAGCUGCGUGGCUCUAGCAUUAGUCCUCUGCUGCAGCCAGGUGUUCAGUCCUGCUUGCAUGAGGCUUCUCUGAGCAUAGAUGCAGGGCAAUAAAAGAGCACAGUGCUCGCUGGGUCUUCUUUACCCUUAGAUAGGGUAAAUGUUCAUGAAUGGAGUCCUCAGCUACAUGCAUCACUAAGGCUUCCAUUCGUUUUCAUUUGUUCAUUAAUUUGAGAUGCUCUGUUUUCUUUGAGGAAUCCUGUAAGACCUUUGUGGCAAACAGAACAAAGAAUAAAAAUUAUUGAACACCA